AUGAUGUCGCCAUCACCCUGUGCCGAGGUAUUUGGUCACCUUGAACCUAGUUAUUCCGGUGUUAACGCAGCCCGGGCGAAGGAAGGAAUUACAAUGAAACGACGUAUUUCUGGUGGCAUUGCACUUUACAACACCUACCUUAUUUGCGCCAAGUUUAAAUCAGCAGAAGCAAGCACCCUCUCAACCCGUGUCCACGUGACUUUCACUCUAAUCGAUCGACACUGCUACCUCCAGACAAUUCCAAUCACAACCACGUAA